GGCCCCACACUUCACCACAGCAAGACUUGGGGGCCGCAGCUCGGGGCUGUGUGGGGAAGAGCCCCGUUAGUGGCGGCGCCAGGCGGAGGGACACGGGACCUCAAAGCGGAGGGAGGGGACAAAAACGCCCGGUCCUCUCAAUUCAACCCCCUCCCUCCCUUCCUUCUCCGGUCCCGAGCUCAGCUGUGAAAAAAUAUGGGAGACGACAGGCCAUUUGUGUGCAAUGCCCCAGGCUGUGGACAGAGGUUUACAAAUGAGGACCACCUGGCUGUUCAUAAACUCAAGCAUGAAAUGACACUGAAAUUCGGUCCUGCCAGAACGGAUUCAGUCAUCAUAGCAGAUCAGACGCCGACACCGACCCGUUUUUUGAAGAACUGCGAGGAAGUUGGCCUCUUCAAUGAGUUGGCAAGUUCAUUUGAACAUGACUUCAAGAAAGCCACAGAAGAUGAUGAGAAAAAGUGUUCUGGACCCCUCGAUAUGUCUCUACCUUCUACCCCAGACAUCAAAAUAAAAGAGGAAGAACCAGUUGAAGUGGACUCUUCCCCUCCAGACAGUCCGGUAGCAAGUCCACAGUCACCGCAGGCCAAGGAGAAGGAGAGCGCUUCAAAGCCUGUUAUCAUUUCUACGCCUACUCCAACCAUUGUACGCCCUGGGUCACUUCCACUGCACUUAGGAUAUGAUCCUCUGCAUCCCACUCUCCCUUCUCCAACUUCUGUCAUCACCCAAGCUCCACCUUCCAACAGACAGCUUGGAUCUCCCACCAGCUCUGUACCACUUGUCAUGCACCUUGUGAAUGGACAGACCAUGCCCGUCCUUCCUGGCCCUCCCGUUCAGAUGCCUUCUGUCAUAUCGCUGGCAAGGCCUAUAUCUGUGGUGCCAAACAUUCCUGGUAUUCCCGGCCCUCCAAUUAUCAGCAGCGGCUCCAUUUCACCAUCAGGCCUUCCAGUGCACUCAGAAGCUAAAAUGAGGCUAAAAGCCAGCCUGACGCAAGGAGUUACUUCCUCACUAAAUGGCAGUGGCAUGGUGGUGGGUUCAGCAAGCACAAUGGUGACGUCUCAUCCUGAACAGGGUCAGAUACUCAUCCAGCAUCCCGAUGCACCUUCUCCAGCCCAACCACAGGUUUCCCCAGCUCAGCCCACACCUAGCACAGGAGGCAGACGGAGACGCACAAUGGACGAAGAUCCAGACGAACGCAGGCAGCGUUUCCUGGAACGGAACCGGGCUGCCGCCUCCCGCUGCCGCCAGAAGCGCAAGCUCUGGGUGUCAUCCUUAGAGAAGAAGGCGGAGGAGCUCACAACACAGAACAUCCAACUAAGUAAUGAAGUUACAUUAUUACGGAAUGAAGUUGCUCAACUCAAACAGCUUCUGUUGGCUCACAAGGACUGCCCUGUCACUGCAUUACAGAAGAAAACACAAGGUUAUCUUGAAAGCCCCAAGGAGAGUUCUGAGCCCACAGGUUCCCCGGCUCCUGUCAUCCAGCACAGUUCUGUGACGGCCUCUCCCAACGGGCUGGCUGUCCGCUCUGCAGCCGAAGCUGUCGCCACAUCAGUCCUCACUCAGAUGGCAAGCCAAAGGACAGAACUGAACGUGCCCAUACAGUCACACGUCAUUAUGGCUCCCCACUCCCAGUCUGCUGGCAGAUGAUGUCGCAAAAUGUGUGACAUAGAACUAACCAAUAAGAACUUGCAGCUGGAGAGACUGAUCAUAACUAAGCCCCUCGAUCGAUAUGGGGUGGAUACAUUUUUGUUUUUUGUUUUUUUCUUAAAGUGAGUUAAGGGCAGCUACGGAGCUUCUAACUAAGUAUAUCCCCAUUCACAUCCUGGCCCAAAGUAGUGCGGUGACCAUCCUGUUUCUAAAGGAUGGCCUCAAAAUGAGCAGCUUCGCCACCCCUUAGGGACGAUCGGCCGUCGCAUGGAGUCAACAGCACACUUAGCCUUGCUCGGUGUGGUCUUAAAUGGUUAAUGUUCAGGUAUAAGUUCCACUAACACUAAGCCUCCCUUAGCUUGGUUACUUAUGGUGCUUUUCUCGAGUUGGCCGCUUUUUAGCAAAGGGAAGCAGCUCUUGGGAGAGGCUGUGGCGUUUUGCUGGUGCUGCCCGUUUUUAUGAAAAAAUUAGCACCCCCCCCCGCUGCUUUCUGACAUUUCCAGUGUACCCAUCGCCACCGCUGUAGCUGGCUUUCAAUUCUGCACUUUCACACCAGGACGGCAGCUCAAGGCUCUGAAGGUGGUAAGCUCCAUAACCUUGUAGGUUUGAUUUCCCCCAUUCCCAACUGUUCUGUGAAGCGAGCAAGCAACCUCACUCGUAGCUGCUGCGGUUGAGGGCUGUUGGUAGUCGCCGCAGUGGAAAUGGAAAACCUGUUGCAGGCAUCUCAGACUGCAGAGUCUGUAGCUGUGCAUCAGAUCAGAGACGAGUGCAUUAAUCGGUCACCUUUUCAUCUGGUACAGUUCCUAGCCCGGUUUGGCUGUGGAGGUAACCAUCAAAAGUACGAUGGGAAGUACCGGUACUUGGUGUUCCAGUUGUUAGGAAGAAUAAGCAGUGCUUCCGCUGGGCAGAAGGCAGAGCUGUGACACUCCAUGCACCCCCUCGCCUCUCCUGCACCUAGCAGAAUCUGAAUAAAAUUGAAACAAUUAGGAUCUGUAUGUGUGCAGAAUAUGCACCCUGACAGGGUCGCCCUAAGUUUGUCAAACUUGACUAGGCACCUGCUGCCUAGCGGAUGCCUCAUGCAAAGCUAAGCUGAGCUGAUGUCAGAGUUGCCCUGUUUUUGAAGGAGAGGCGGGAAGCCUCUCCAUAGGUCACACAUUUGAAAGGUUUCAAAACCCCUUUAACCCCUGCACAUUUCAAAGGAUCGCCUGUUGCAUUUAACCCUGUGAACUUGCUAAGACUGUGGCCUUAAAUCAUGGAGUGUCUCUUUCAAGGGCAAGGGGCUGGGAGGAGCAUUCUUUUCUGUUUUUUCUCUUCUUGCCCCUGCUUUGAGUAAUGAUGCUCCCGCCGCGCCUUCUCCCAACCACCCCUUUCAAAUGCAGGACUCUUAGAGCACUGGUGUCACAAGGGUAUAUUACGGGAAACAAAAAGUCUUGGCAUUUUAAAAGGGCGCUUGGAGUUGUUUUCUUCCUGUUGCCUCUGCUUGUUGCCAAAGCGCAUUUGUGUGUGUUGCGUGUGUCUUUUCCUCAAGUUGGCCUUGAGCUUUUGCUAACUGGGUAGCUGUAGAUAUCGAGCCUGCAUCCCUAGCAAGUGGGAGGCAAGCCUGGGACAAUUACGCUGCAGCUGUUAGAACAGAAGCCCAUCAAUGCCAACAUUUCCUUCAUUUCGUCUUCCUUAAAUAUGUUGUUUUUUAAAA